AAGAUUUAUACAGUCAGAGAACAGUCAGAGAGGUGUAUGAAACAAACAAAAUUAAGAAGAAUAAAAACAAAAGCAAUCAUCACCCGAUUAUUUCGUGGUCUCGUCCUACGUAGCCUUUAUAAAAGCUUUAAUGAGCAAGUUUAUUUUCCUCUUGGUUAUUUUUUGGUUAAAAUAACACAAGGACAAUAGGGAGUUCCGUCAGCUAAAUUAUAAAAUACUCUUACUUAUGGAUAAAAUACAGUUUUCUAUUGAUCCAACCCAUACAGUAGAGCGAGACUUGCGGUGUUUCUUCCGUUGCUAAGAGACGCAACACUUAAAACACGUGAAAGUGUGACGUUUGCAGUAAAAGAAACGAGAGGCUUGUUUGAGUUAAACUGUAGUAGCCUGCCACCUACUGGCAAGACCCGCUAGUUGCAGGCGGGGAGGACCUCCCGUAGUGUGUUGAGGCAGUUUUCCCUUAUAACCGAUUAAUUGGAUAUGAUAGUAAUUCCUUUGUCUUUGCAUUAAGACCAGUAUUGUAUGCAAUGUACAUCAAAGGUAAUAUAAUCAUCGACAAAUAUGGCUAGAUGCUAGACACGUUGGUCGUCCGCCAUAUCGGAACAGUGAGAAUAAAGAACCAGCACAGAAGGUGGCGAUAAUGCGCCUUAAUGUUGGUGCACCAAAAACAUAAAAACUGAACAAAAAGAAGAACUAAAAAUUAUGCGGCGGAUAAGAUGAAGGUAAAAAUAAAGCAGUGGAAUGGUGUGGCAUCCUGGUUGUGGGUAGCCAACGAUGAGAACUGUGGCAUCUGCCGAGCACCUUUCAAUGGCUGUUGCCCAGACUGUGCGCAAGGUCCCAGGAGAUGACUGCCCACUCGUCUGGGGUCAGUGUUCUCACUGUUUCCACAUGCACUGCAUCCUGAAGUGGCUGAACUCCCAGCAGGUGCAGCAGCAGUGCCCCAUGUGCCGUCAGGAGUGGAAAUUUAA